CCGCCGUUUGUAAGAAACGUGCUUACGCCCUCUGUUCUUUAGUCGUAAACAAGGUUGCGAAGAGAAGUGUUUGGUUUUUGUUCAGGUUGUUUUUUGAAGUUAUUUUAUUUUCUUUAUGUUCGAAGAUCUCACAAUAUUCCGGCAUCAUGGAUCAAGAAUUUGCUGUUGUUAAAAAAGAACCAACUAUUUUCGGAUAUGAAAUUAAUGGUAAUCAGAAUUCAGAAAUUAAAGUUGAAAUAGGUCUGAACAGUGAUUUUCUCAACAAUGAUGAAGACAAUAUUAAAAAUAAAGAACAGUUGUCAGGAAAAACAGGAAUUUUUGUUGCUGAAAACUCUCAUUUAAUUAUUUAUUCUGGUAACAAUAACCAAAAGGAGAAAAAUGUGAAUGAAUGCAGUGAAAUAAAAGAGAAAAAUGAAUAUUCGAAGGAACAUAACAAAAGGAACUAUGAAGGAUUGACACAUGAAUGUGACCAUUGCGGAGCGAAUUUUGAUUUUAUGACAUUGAAAACACAUAUGGGAAUCAAAACAGAAGAUAAAUCAUUUCAAUGUAAACAUUGUGUAAAGGGAUUUAAUCAGGCAAGCAAAUUGGAAGAACAUUUGAGAACACAUACAGGAGAGACAUCUUGCAAACAUUGUGAAAAGAAGUUUAAACACCCUAGCCGGUUGAAAAGACAUAUGAAAAUACAUAAAAGAGAGACACUAUAUGAAUGUGAAUAUUGUGGAAAAAAGUUUAAAGUCAGUCACAAGUUAAAAGCGCACUUGCAAGUACAUACAGGUACAGGAGAGGGACAAUUCGAAUGUGGACACUAUGGAAAGAAGUUUAAGACAAGUGACAGUUUAAGAUCCCAUUUGAACAUACCAUAUUUAUGUGAACAUUGUGGAGAGAUAUUAAAAGAUAUUACCACUUUUAAGACACAUUUGGAUAUGCAUGCAAAGCAAAAAGUGUUUGAAGACAAUACCAUUUUGAAAGCACUUCCUGCGCCACAAACAGCAGAAGAACUCUACAAAUGCGAACAUUGUGGACAAAAGUUUAAAGAUGGCAGCACUUUGAAGACACAUUUGAGUAUUCAUACAGAAGAAUUAUCAUACGAUUGUGAACUAUGUGAAAAGAAGUUUGAAAGUAAUAGCAGUUUGAAAGUACAUCUUAGGAUACAUACAGCAGAAGAACUCUAUAAAUGUGAACAUUGUGGACAAAAGUUCAAAGAUGGCAGCAUUUUGAAGACACAUUUGGGUAUUCAUACAGAAGAAUUAUCAUACGAUUGUGAACUAUGUGAAAAGAAGUUUGAAAACAAGAGCAGUUUGAAAGCACAUCUUGGGAUACAUACACCAGAAGAACUGUACAAAUGUAAACAUUGUGGACAAAAGUUUAAAGAUGGGAGCACUUUGAAGGCACAUUUGUUUAUUCAUACAGAAAAUUUACCAUACGAUUGUGAACUAUGUGAAAAGAAGUUUAAAAAGAAGAGCAGUUUGAAAGCACAUCUUAGGAUACAUACAGCAGAAGAACUGUACAAAUGUAAACAUUGUGGACAAAAGUUUAAAGAUGGGAGCACUUUGAAGACACAUUUGGGUAUUCAUAUAGAAGAGGUACCUGUAUCAUACGAUUGUGAACAUUGUGAAAAGAAGUUUUUAAAUAAUAGCAGUUUGAAAGCACAUCUUAGGAUACAUACAGCAGAAGAACUCUAUGAAUGUGAACAUUGUGGACAAAAGUUCAAAGAUGGCAGCACUUUGAAGACACAUUUGGGUAUUCAUACAGAAGAGGUACCUGUAUCAUACAAUUGUGAACAUUGUGAAAAGAAGUUUUUAAAUAAUAGCAGUUUGAAAGCACAUCUUAGGAUACAUACAGCAGAAGAACUCUAUGAAUGUGAACAUUGUGGACAAAAGUUCAAAGAUGGCAGCACUUUGAAGGCACAUUUAUUUAUUCAUACAGAAGAGUUACCAUACGAUUGUGAACUAUGUGAAAAGAAGUUUGAAAAUAAGAGCAGUUUGAAAGCACAUCUUGGGAUACAUACACCAGAAGAACUGUACAAAUGUAAACAUUGUGGACAAAAGUUUAAAGAUGGGAGCAUUUUGAAGACACAUUUGGGUAUUCAUACAGAAGAGGUAUCAUACGAUUGUGAACAUUGUGAAAAGAAGUUUAAAAAUAAUGGCAGUUUGAAAGGACAUUUGAGGAAACAACAUACAGAUAAAAAAUGUGAACAUUGUAAACAAAUGUUUAACGACCAUCAGACUUUGCAAAAUCAUAGACAGGAUGUUCAUUUGAAAACAUUGAGGAAACAUACAACAGAAAAAUGCGAACACUGUGAACAAAAGUUUAAAAACCAUCAGACUUUGAAAAGGCAUUUAAUGAUACAUGCAAAGCAAGGGAAAACAUAUACACCGUAUGAAUGUGAACAUUGUGGAAGACAAUUUAAAUAUAAAUGCAAUUUGAUAAGGCAUUUAAAGAUGCAUGCAAAGCAACAUAAAUGUACACAUUGUGGAAAGAAGUUUAAACGGAAUCGUGAACAAACAUCACCAUUUGUAUGUGAUGAAUGUGAGAAAGAGUUUAAAGAAAAACAAACUUUGAAAAGACAUAUACAAAAGAGUAUACAUACUGAAAUAAAAACAAUUGGAUGUGAACAUUGUGGAAAAAUGUUUAAAAAAGUGAGUAAGUUGAAGGAACAUAUGCAAAUUCAUGCAGAAGAGAAACCGCAUGUUUUGCAAAAUCAUCUGAUAGUACAUGCAGGAGAGAAAUCACAUGAUUGUGAACAUUGUGGGAAAAAGUUUCAACACAAAGACUAUUUGAACACACAUUUGAGAAUAUGUCAUACAAGAGAGACAUCAUUUGUAUGUAACCAUUGUGGAAAGAAGUGUCGACAAAAAGGCAGUUUGAACACACCGUUAGGAGCGGCAUCAUUUGUAUGUGAACACUGUGGAAAGAAUUGUAAACCUACUGCUAAAACAAUGGUAAUGCCUCACUCAGUUUGGUCUCAGAUUCACUCCACAUUUUCAUAAGACGAUUCAUUUUGAAUGUACAGUAAAAUACUGUACUAUUGAUUCCAAUGCGUAGUUUUGGAAAUUUAUAUUUAUAUACAUUAGUACAGGAACCAUUGUAAUGAGCUUGUAUUAAACAACGACUUAUUUCCAAUGGGAUCCUUGAGAAAAUAAACAAUAGUAUAGUAAAAUUAAAUUACAAGGCCGCAUUGCAUAAAAUAGUAGGUUAGAAAAGCAUAUUGGUUUUGCCCGGUCGCCAUGUAAUUUCAUUUAGUGUUUAAUGUGUUCCAUAUGUGUUUGAUCCAAUGACCGGGGUAAUAAUGUGAAGCGCUUAGAGGCUUUGUUAAGGCAUUAAGCGCUAUAUAAGAACGACAUAUUAUUAUUAUAUUAAAAUGUGUUAAUACAAUUAUUAAAAGUGUAUACAAUUUUGAAAGGUAUAACAAUUAAUUAUUAAUACUUUUAAAGUCGUUUUUAUACAGGUUUCAUGGGCUAUCCUAGUAUACUGAACCAUGGUUUACAACAUCGCAUUUUAUUUAGUUCGAUUUUUAAUCUUUUUCCCAAUUUUAAACUAUGUUUAACUUUUAGGAAAGUCAUUGUUAUAUUUGCUAUUUAUUGUUAUGAUGUUGCAGUAUACUGAAUAAAGUCAAGUCAAGCUUGAUUUAUAAUGUAUUAUAUACCUAUAUUUCAGGCAUCUGAUUGGUUAAAAAGUGGGUAAUAAUUUCAACUAUCACUUCUAUAUACUUUAAAUGAUAGUUCAUAAAAUCUUGUUAAGUGAUAGUACUUUUUUGCCCAGUUGCCAUGUAAUUUCUAGGUCCCACUUAACUUCACUGUGGAAUUUAUGACAUGCACCAUAAAAACGACUGCGACCUCUACAACGAGAUUGGCCCUUUGACACCCUAAGCCUAGGACGUAGGCCUAGACCUACUUGAUGUGUACUCUUUCCAUUAUGUUUUUUAGGCCUCAUAGGAUCUAUGUAUGAGGUAUACAGUAUAAAACGAAUAUUGACUGCUCUAGAUUCGGGGAACGGAAAUCUAGCCCCUCAUUGAAUUGGAGACCGUAGCCUACUAUCUUCCCUAGGGCAUGCCUAGGGCCAAAGGCCCAAGAUAAGAUAGUAGGUAACGGUCUCCACAUCACCUUGAGGCAAUAGAUCUCACCGUUCCCCUCAUGAGCAGUCAAUGUAAAAAAAUAAAUGCCUUUUGAAUUGAAACGAAUUGAAUUGAAUGUACAGGUACAGUAUGUGUAUUUGUACAUAAUGUAUGUACAGUAUGUACAUGCUUCUAUUCAGAUAUUGUAAGGCAAGUAAAAUUUAAAUUUUACUUAAGUUAGUUCUGAAUUUUGGUACUGUAGUUGGUUAUAGUCAUUGAUUUCUAUUUUUGUAAUUUCAUAUUUGCCUAAAAAUAUUAAUAAAGUCAUAAAUGAUGA